GUUCGAAACAUUUUGAAAUUUCUCAUGCGUUUCGGCGUAAAGUCUAGAAACUUUCGAUAAUCAUCCGGGACUUUUCAAGAUGGAAGCCUAAGAAUUGAUGUAAUGUGAACUGUAAUACAAACCUGUUGAAUGGCUACAAAGAGGCCAGCCGAGGACCAGGGCAAUAGCUCUGGAGAACCACCAGUGAAGAAAAAACAUGCUACCUUACAACCAGUCAAUCUUGGAACUGUUGGAAAUCUGGAAGAACUAGAUAAAAAAGUGCUAGCAUUUCAAAACAAGAAGUUAGCUGAGAGAAUCGAACAGAGAAAGAGAGCUGAAGAAGAAUUAAGAAAAAGAAUUGAACAGUUGGAGUUCAGACAAAGAACUGAUGAUGCUGUGUUGAUGAUAGUAAAUCGUUACUGGAAUCAAUUAGAUGAAGAUGUGAGAGUUUUAUUACAACGGUUUGAUGCAGAAACUGCAGAUGAAGAUGAAACAAAAAAUGAAAGUGAUGAAACAAAAGCGUUCCUUACUCUGCUGUCAACAUGGGACAAACAAGAGUUGGAGCAAAAACUUGGACAGAGGGUGGAAUUCUCCAAACGGGCUAUUGGUAAAUUACUGCAAGCUUUUGACAGGCUGCUACAGAGAAAUGAAAAACUCCAUAAAUCUAUACAAGAAAAAGUAGAGAAAGAUGCUAAAGAGGCUCUAGAGCUUGGGCCAUUGAAGAAAGAAACUGACAUUAAAAAAGAAUCAGAUAUUAAGAAAGAGAAGAAAGAUAUUGACAUUAAAAAGGAAGACGUGAAGACAGAGGGUGAUGAUCAACAGAUAGAAGAAAAGAAAAUGGAGAAAGGAGAUGGUGAUGUUAAACCUGAUAUGGAGGGAGCAGGUGAUUCUCAAGGUCAACAGGUGAAAAAGGAAAAAUCAGAUGAACCAACUGAACCCAAAGAUGAAAUGAAUGAAGCAGAAGACAUGUUAUCACUUAGGGAUACAGUCAGUGAUGAAAUGACUGAGUUACAAAAAGAGAACAAGCGUCUGCAUAGAAUAGUAACAGACUUACACAAGAAACACCAUGAACAUUCAUUACAGGUAACAGAAUCUCAAGACAAGUUGACAGCAGCAGAAACAGAAAUUGCUGAAUUGAAUAACAAGAUGGAUGAUUUAGAAUAUAACUUUGAGAAGGCUGAUGAGAGAGCUUUACGGUUAGACAGACAUCUAGCUGAUGCUUUACUUAAGAUUCAAAGUUAUGAUGAUACUGGGGUCAUACAAGAGGAAAGUGGAAGGAAAAUUACUGGAGUUUCCAAGAAAAAGUUUGAUGAAAUGUACAAUGAAUUAGAAGAAUUCAAAGAGAUAUCAACCAAUCGUCUGUCAGAACUUGAGAAAUUGACCAGUGAGCAUCAGGAAGCUUUAAAAGAAAUGGAAAAACUCAAAAUGGAUCUUAUGCAUCUACCAGAGGAAGUAAUUGUUGAUACUACAGAGUAUAAAUGUUUACAGUCUCAGUUCUCUGUGUUGUAUAACGAUGCUUUACAGAUCAGGACAUCGUUGAGUGAAACUAGGAAUCUAUUGAUGACCAGUAAAAAUACACAUCUACGUCAUUUAGAACAGCUUGAGAGUGAUGAAUUAGAUUCCCAGAAAAGAUUGAGAGCCGAAUGUAUACAGUUAGAGGAUGCCUUAGCUCAAGUUAGAAAAGAGUAUGAAAUGUUGAGGAUAGAAUUUGAGCAAACCUUAGCACAAAAUGAACAAACAGGACCUAUUAAUCAGGAAAUGAGAAAUCUUAUACAAAGUUUACAGAAACAUAACCAACAGUUAAAGGCAGAGUCAAGUAGAAAUAGAAGAAGAUAUAAGGAAACAUUAAGUGAACUAAACAAGUUGAAGGCAGAGGUUGCAGCUGCUGAACAAAAAUCAGCAGAAAACAGUGCUAAAAAUACCCAGAAUGCACCUGGUAGUAAGGAAGUAGAAGGAAUCACAGCAACACCAUCUGUACCAAAAACACCAGGAACUCCAACUAAAACAGAUACUCCUGAACUGACCUCCUCCUCCUCUCAAGAUAAAGAGGAUGAGAAAGAUGAAUUUGAAUACAGAGAGAAAGGCAAAACGGAUAUAGAAGUUAUAAAAGAAUUGAGAGCUCAACUAAAAAUAUCUCAAGCUAGCCAAAGAGAACUGAAGUUGUUGUUAGACAUGUAUAAAAGUGCUCCUAAGGAACAGAGAGAUAAAACACAGCUUAUGGGUGCUGAGAAAAAGUUACGCCAUGAAAAUGAGGAUCUUAAAAAAGAGUUAAAAAGAAUGCAGGAAAAUGAAAAGAGAGACAGAAGAAAGCUGGCUGAAGAUGAGGCUAUAACAAAAAUUAUAAAAAUGGAGAAAACUAUUUCUGAGCUAUCAAAGAAUUUGUCUACACAAAAACAGAGAGAGGAAGCCUUAUUGAACGAGAUGGAAGUAACAGGACAGGCCUUUGAAGAUAUGCAGGAACAGAACUUGAGACUGAUGCAGCAGCUGAAAGAAAAAGAUGAUGCCAAUUUUAAACUUAUGUCUGAGAGAAUCAAGUCUAAUCAGAUACAAAAAUUAUUAAGGGAAGAAAAAGAAGUUCUUGCAGAACAGGUAGCAACCCUACAGACUCAAGUGGAGGCUCAAAUGUUGGUUGUACGUAAUCUAGAAGAGAAAGAGCAAGUUUUACAAAAUGCUUUAUCAACAGCAGAAAAAGAGUUAGGCUUUACCCAACAAUCAAUGGAAAUGCACAAGAGGAAGGCAGUAGAAAGUUCACAGACAGCAGCUGAUUUAAAGUUACAUUUAGAUAAAUAUCAAGCACAGCUGAAAGAAGCCCAGGUAUCUGUGGCAGAGAAAACAGGUGCCCUUGAACAACAGUCAUUUAAACGUAACAGGCUACAGGAGGAGAUUGCCAAACUACAACGUAAACUAGAGAGAAGUAAGAAGAUUGAGAUGGCAGGGGCAGCAGAUGAAGUUUUAAUGGCUGAGAUUGCUGAGUAUAAGGAACAAUUGACAUGUCCAUCAUGUAAAGUAAACAGGAAGGACGCUGUAUUGACAAAAUGUUUCCAUGUGUUCUGUUUGGAAUGUCUGAAGACCAGAUAUGAAACAAGACAGAGAAAGUGCCCAAAAUGUAAUGCAGGUUUUGGUGCAAACGAUUACCAUAGACUUUAUAUAAGUUGAUGAAUUGUAAUAAUUAAAACCAAAAACAUUUGAUGGUACAUUUGUUAUAGUAUGUACAGAAUGGCGAGUGAAAUCUUUUGUAGAUGAGUUGGGCUCAAUGGAUCACCACAUUUUAUGGCUGCAUAAUUGAGAAGUGCACAUUGUUCUGUUGAGCUGCAGAAGAUAUGUUCUGCAUUAUACUAAGGAUAUGAUAUUAUCUUUUAGAUUGAAGAACUUGUAUGCUGCAUAUUCAAGAGAAGAAAUUUUGAGUGCUAGAUACAAGUGUAUCCAUUAAGGCUGUUCCAUAAAAAUAUACAUGUACCCAGGGAAGGCACUGAAAGCAUUAAGGCCAUAUAGAGACAAGUUUUCACAACAUAUACAGCUUUCCAUUGUUGAGAUUUUAAUUUGGGUACCAUGAUUGCUUUUAUGGAACAGCCCUUAGCAGAAACAGAGGAGAACAAAAUAUUUAUUUUUUUAUGUUGAUAGAUGUAUUGUAUAUUAGAUUAGUAUUAGCCCUGUAUAGCUAUAUUUUAUUUGAUUACACAAAUUGUUUUCAAGAUUUUUAUGUGAAUUAAGAUUAAAACUUUUAUAGAUUAGAAUGUUUUUGCCUUGUUUGUUAAAUUAUUUCUAUAGGUUUUGAAUUAUUAAAAAUUGCACAAAUAUAGGUGGGAAUAGGUUAUUCACAACAUGAGUUUGUAUUAAAAUUUGAAGAAAAGUAAACUAAUCAUAUGAACUUUAAACUGCGCAGUCUUCAACUAUAUAAUCUAGAUUUCAGCAAUAAUAACAUAGUUCGAAUGAUUUUUCAUCAUACAGAAUUGUUUCUGCCAAAUAAACUAGAAAAUCAUCAAUAUUUGUAAAAAAGUGAUAUUAUGGGCGCACAUAAGUAGUGAACUGGCCUUUAUAAAUGAAUAAAGCACAUGUGCUUCAACUGUGCUUUUAAGAGAAUCUGUUGUACCCUGAUAUUUUGUAUAUUAAAGAAAGUAUUUUCUGUAAAACAAAGUCAAUAUAUGAGAGAUUUUCAUCUUCUAAUGUCUUCUAUAGUGCAUCUUGCAUACUCCCUAAGAGAAAUUCAUGAAACAUAUUUCUGUUCCUCAUGAUAAGUGCUUGUCUCAUUAUUUUGAUUGUAAUAUGUACAUUAAGUUAGUGUUAUUGUGUGACUUGUUAAAUUUCUCAUUACAAGUACAAUGUAAAUUAAUUCAUUGAACACCCAUCACACAUUCAUUUCACCAUUUACUUUCAAUGUUCUUGAGUCUAUUUCACAAAAAAACUUACGACUAAGAAUACUGAAUUGUUCAUGACUUACAACCUUUCUUAGUCGUAAGUCUUUUUGUGAAAUCGACUCCUGAAACAUAUCAGAAAUCUUCACAAAUUCAAUGAUCAAAUGCAUAAAUUUUCAAGCAUGCAAGAAACACAUUUUUUUUUCAUUCUGGUAACCAGUGUGUUUUUGUUUAUUUUAUGUCUGUUGUUAAGAGUUUUAUACAGUGCAAGAGUUUAGAUGAAUUAAAGAAAGGUGUAGAACCAGUACUGUUAAUAGGGGUUUAUGAAAACUUGAAGAGAUUAGAGAGUAAAUAUGAGUGAUAUACUGUUAAUUCAGAAAUUAUUGUGAUUUCUUCAUUUAAGAUUAAAAUGCAAUUUUGAUUUUUGCAAUUUUAGGAAAUAUCCUGUUUAAAUCAUAUCAAAUAUUCCAAAAUGCAAGUUUGAAUUGUUGCGAUUAUAACUCUGUCUCAUUUUCACAACAAUAAAAACAUCGCAAUAAUUUCUGAAUUUACAGUAAUUGAAAUAUGAUGAUAACAUUUGUAUGAAUCAUUCAUUGUACCAUUUACAUUAAUCAUACUGUUUGUGAAACAGCAUCAGUUUAAACUCAAAUAAGCAUUGUACUGUUUGUAUUCAUAAUAUUGUUUGUGAAAUAACAUUGAGCAAUGUAAUCAUAAAUAAACUUUUAGAAUAAA